GUCCAUCACCGGUGCAUCCUCAAUUCCGUCGGGAUCCCUCUCAGUCGGUUCACAUGCACGCGCGAGGCAUUGGAAGCGAUCUAUGACUCGCUCUUAGGUCACGAACACAUGAGCAAGAAGGAUAUCCUCCAUCGGGAUAUCAGCGUGAAUAAUAUCAUGAUCAGCGCUUACCCUGAGGUGGAGAAAUGCAAAGGCUUUCUCAUUGAUGUCGAGUACGCUACCGUGGUUGGGGAGCCCGGGAGC